UAUGGGCUUUGGAGGAAGUCGAGUGUGCAUGUUUCUCUUGCUUGUCUAUGCCUUAAGCUCUUCUGCCAGGAACUUGAUUCCAUUUCCAGAUCGUGAGAUGGUAGUGAUCAAGAGCACGGAGGGCAUAUCCAUGGGACUAGACGACUAUCCUGACCCAGGUCCUAAUCCUCGACAUGAUCCGCCCCCUUCUCAUCCCGCUCCCCCUAAUGGCAAAUCCGGCAAAGUUGACGGUGACAAGGAUGAUGGUGCAUGACAUCGAAAGGGCAUUAACAUACAGAGAGUUACCUACAUAUUAAUACAAGUCUAUCUUCAUUUCAAAUAAUGAUAAAAUAAUGUGAGAUUUUCCGACAUACUAAAGAAAACUCUCG